GGGGCGUGGCGGCUGAGGGCAAGUAUAGGAAGACGACUGGGUUGUGGGAGAAUGGUUACAAACAUUUGCAAUGGCCAAAGCGGCCUGUAGCCAGUUAUUAGUGAUGCAAGGAGAGCUAUUUUCCGGAGCAGAAAAUGCCCGCAGCAGUUCAAGUUCCUAAACUCUCUUUGGGGAUUGUCAGUGUUGGAUGACUGCCAGUUGCCACUUGGCAGGAACACCAAGGAAACGGCGCUCACAAUGGCCAGUAAUCCCUUGUAGACAGACUGAAUCAUCACAUAAUUCAUGGCUUUGUGCCUUAAACAAGUCUUUAACAAAGACAAAACAUUUCGUCCCCGGAAGAAAUUUGAACCAGGCACUCAGCGGUUUGAGUUAUACAAGAAAGCUCAAGCCUCCCUGAAAUCUGGACUGGACCUGAAAACUGUAGUCCAGUUGCCCCCAGGGGAGAAUAUCAACGACUGGAUUGCUGUGCACGUUGUGGACUUCUUCAACAGGAUAAAUCUUAUUUAUGGCACCAUGUCAGAGGUCUGUACUGAAAACAGUUGCCCCAUUAUGUCAGGUGGGCUCAAGUAUGAAUACCGAUGGCAGGAUGACCACAGAUUCAAGAGGCCUACCAAGUUGUCAGCACCACAGUAUAUGAGCAUGCUGAUGGACUGGAUUGAGAAUCUAAUUAACAAUGAAGACAUCUUUCCUACCAGAAUAGGUAUUCCUUUUCCUAAGAACUUCCAGCAAGUCUGCACAAAGAUCCUCACACGUCUCUUCAGAGUCUUUGUGCACGUCUACAUCCACCAUUUUGACAGCAUCAUCAGCAUGGGUGCAGAAGCUCACGUGAACACCUGCUACAAGCACUUCUACUACUUUAUUAGCGAGUUUAGUUUGAUUGACCAAAGGGAACUAGAGCCACUGAAAGAAAUGACUGAGAGAAUUUGCCAUUAAAAUCAUUUGAUCACCUUUGAGGAGUCAUUGUUUGCAUAGUUCUGAUGAUGGAGUACGAUGAACUACUGCUAGAAAUUUGAGAAGUUUUUUGAUCUGGGAUCAAUCCCUGAAUUAUUGAGUGGAAAUGGACACUCUGCACAUGAACUCCAGUAGCCAUAUUCUCCUGGACUCUCUCUGUGUGACCUAAUGGUUCUAAUUUUUUCUACCUUUGGAUUUAUUCCUCUGACUUCUGCUUUACAUCUGAUUAAAAUGUCAUGAAAAUAACCUGGGUUUUUUUCUAAAAAGAAAUCCUUUAGAUGAGUGAUAGGAGUAUUUCAAACAAUAUACUUCCAACCUCUUUGAAGUCCAAUCUAUCAAAGAAUCACAAGAAACCCAACUACCCAUUGUAUGGAAAAAUAAUUGAAUGUUUCACACUCCUUCAACAAAGCCAGUGUCAUAGAAGAUUACAGACAUCACAGAACUGGGAAGAGACCAAGAAUUAAGGUUGGUUUGUCAAUUACCCUGCAAGAUAAGAUGAUUUACAACAACCAUAUGGAAAUUUAAUUCCUUCAAUUCAGUAUGCCCAAACCAAAAAUUAAAUGCUCCACCAGCAGGGGAAGUAGUUGUAAGUUAUGUACCGGUAAGUAAGUAAGCCUGAGAAGAAGAUCAUCACAGCAGAAUAUUUAAAAAAUCUCAACAGAAGGCAAAUACAAGGCAUGAAGCAAUCAGAUCUCGUUCUUUGAUAAAACUGAGUAACAAGCUACUAAAAUUUAUAUUGGAAAUAGAACUUAUGAGCCACUUUAUGCUGACUCAGAUCAGUGGUCCAUUUAGCCCAGUACUCUGUUUAGCCUUGCUUGUGGCUACUUUCUAGGCUUUCAGCAAGGAGCCAUUUCCAGCGUAGCUAGCUGAAAGCCUUUAACUGGAAUGCCAGGAUCUUCUGCAUUCAAAGUGUGUGAGGGACCUAUCACCAUGGCCCUUCCCCAUAAUUCUCAGUAGUAAUUUUCUUGCUGGCUGAUAUAAUAAAUGUAGUGAUUUCAAUACGUUUUUAAAACAAUGUGAUCUGAGCCAUAUAUAUGGAUACAUUUUACUGGCCUAUUUGGGACAGGUUUUGUACUUUUUAUAUCAAUAUUUAUAAUAUUGUAUUAUGUUGCCUUUUUCUGCCUGUGAACUUUUGAUAUUAAAAUUGUACAUAGUUUGACCGCA